GAGCAGGAAGAUCCAGAUCCGAAACAUCCCCCCUCACCUGCAGUGGGAGGUGCUGGAUGGCCUGCUAGCUCAGUAUGGCAUGGUGGAGAACGUAGAGCAAGUCAACACAGACACAGAAACAGCCGUCGUCAACGUCACGUACGCAACGAAAGAAGAAGCAAAAGUAGCCGUUGAGAAGCUGAGCGACCAGCAGUUUGAGAACUAUUCCUUCAAGCUUUCCUACCUGCCAGAUGAAGAGGUGAGCUCCCCUGCGCCCCCGCAGCGGUCCCGACGGGGGGGCCGUUCUUCCAGGGAGCUGGGCACCUCCCCGGGGGGCUCCUGGCAGCCCACACAGCUCCAUUUCCCACUGAGGAUGCUGGUGCCCACCCAGUUUGUUGGUGCGAUCAUAGGAAAGGAGGGCUUGACCAUAAAGAACCUUACUAAGCAAACCCAGUCCAAGGUGGACAUCCAUCGGAAGGAGAACGCUGGGACAGCUGAGAAGCCCAUCACCAUCCACGCCUCGCCAGAGGGCUGCUCCGAAGCCUGUCGCAUGAUCCUCCACAUCAUGCAGAAGGAGGCUGAUGAAACCAAGUCAGCAGAAGAGAUUCCUUUGAAGAUCCUAGCCCACAACAGCCUGGUGGGGAGGUUGAUUGGCAAGGAGGGACGCAACCUCAAGAAGAUCGAGCAGGACACGGGCACGAAGAUCACCAUCUCCCCUUUGCAGGAUUUAACCCUUUAUAACCCCGAGCGGACCAUCACGGUGAAGGGCAGCACGGAGGCCUGCUCCAAGGCUGAAGUGGAGAUCAUGAAGAAGCUGCGAGAGGCCUACGAGAACGACGUGGUGGCUGUUCAUCAACAAGCCAACCUGAUCCCAGGACUGAACCUCAAUGCUUUGGGCAUCUUCUCCACGGGGCUGUCCAUGCUGCCAUCCACGCCGGGGGCCCGAGGGGCCGCGGCGGCUGCUCCCUACCACCCCUUUGCACAGCAGAGGGGUCGGAGGAGAACGAGCUCCUCAGCGUACCUCUCGGGUCUGUACGGAGCCCCCCCAGCUGGUGCCUUUGCCCCCCAGCACUCAGUGCCGGAGCAGGAGGUGGUGAACCUGUUCAUCCCAACACAGGCCGUGGGGGCCAUCAUUGGGAAGAAGGGGCAGCACAUCAAGCAGCUGGCCAGGUUUGCUGGAGCCUCCAUCAAGAUUGCCCCAGCAGAAGGUCCCGAUGCCAGCGAGCGGAUGGUCAUCAUCACAGGGCCACCCGAGGCCCAGUUCAAGGCCCAGGGGAGAAUAUUUGGGAAGCUGAAAGAGGAGAACUUCUUUAACCCCAAAGAAGAAGUGAAGCUUGAAGCCCACAUCAAGGUGCCUUCCUUCGCUGCCGGCCGCGUGAUAGGCAAAGGUGGCAAGACGGUGAAUGAACUCCAAAAUUUAACUAGUGCAGAAGUCAUUGUGCCACGAGACCAAACCCCCGACGAGAACGAGGAGGUCGUCGUUAAAAUCAUUGGGCAUUUCUUUGCCAGCCAGACGGCACAACGCAAGAUCAGGGAAAUUGUCCAGCAGGUGAAGCAGCAGGAGCAGAAACACGCUCAGGGAGCCCCUGCCUCGCAGCACAGCAAGUGA